UAUUGUGACAGUCAACAAGAAGGGGCGUGUACAAAAGGAGGAAACCAAACAAUACGAGGCUCCAUUUUGUUCUCUGUUUAUUAGUAUUUAUAAAUUAUACCAAAAUUAUUUCCACAAUCGCGAAUAGGAAGAUUGUACCAUUAUUAGAAAUGCGUCUGUGAUAAAAUUAUUUACGUGGCAUUGUGAAUAUUGAUCAGUGAUAAAUGCAAUAGUUGCUGUUUUGUGUUAUUUUAGUUGAACGUUAUACCUACGUAUUAGGGAGGAUUGCAUAUCUGAAAAAAAAAUAAAAUGAAUACAAGGGAUGACGAAUAUGAUUAUUUAUUUAAGGUUGUUUUAAUCGGGGAUUCUGGUGUUGGUAAAAGUAAUUUAUUGGCCAGAUUUACUAGAAAUGAAUUUAAUUUGGAAUCGAAGUCAACGAUAGGUGUAGAAUUUGCCACACGUAGCAUACAGGUGGAUGGUAAAACAAUUAAAGCGCAAAUAUGGGAUACUGCUGGUCAGGAACGAUAUCGUGCUAUAACAGCAGCGUAUUAUAGAGGUGCUGUGGGAGCAUUGUUAGUGUACGAUAUAGCUAAACACUUAACUUACGAAAAUGUAGAGCGUUGGUUACGUGAAUUGCGUGACCAUGCAGACCAAAACAUAGUUAUAAUGUUGGUUGGUAACAAAUCAGAUCUUAGGCAUUUGCGCGCUGUUCUUACAGACGAAGCGAAAGGAUUUGCAGAGAGAAACGGUUUGUCAUUUAUUGAAACUUCGGCGCUCGAUUCGACUAAUGUUGACACUGCUUUUCAAAAUAUACUCACAGAAAUCUAUCGAAUUGUGUCACAAAAACAAAUUAGAGAUCCUCCGGAAGGUGAUACCAUUCGACCGCAGAACGUUGAGCCAAUUGAUGUGAAACCUACCAUGAACACAGAUAGUGUACGUAAGCAGUGCUGUCAGUAACAUCUUGAGAAAACCAAUUUAAGAUAGUUUUGCAAAUCAUCAACAGCAUUAAAUAGUGAUUAUGCCUACAACACAAAUUACUGUAUAUUGUUUAGUUCAUUUAAUCAUGGAUGUUCUAUACAUAAGCUAGUGACUUAGCAGUGAAUUCAGCUGUUUUACUGCACAUUUAUAUGCUGAUGUAGAUUCUUAUGUUUUAUUUUUUUUAUAACAGAUAUUUGUCACUGGGUAUUUUAUGUUACUAGGCCAUUUAUUCAUUGUGUUGUUUUUCGUAUUAAAAAUUUAUAAACUUGUGAUUGAAAUGUAUCAUUAGAUAAAUUAUAUGCUUAUUUUCCAUUAAUAUUAUUGAACUUUUCCGUUUCUUUUUUAAACUGUACAUUUUA